AUCGGUGGUGUCGGUGCUGCCGCGACAGGGAGGGCGGCAGGGGCCGAGCCCCGGGGAGCCAGAGAACCCGGCCGUCCGCUUCUACCCCUGUCCUGGCAUUUAAUCCUUGUAAAUCAGCCCAUAUUGCCCCUCCCCGCCGUUUUCCCUCUCCCUUUAGAUGCUGGCACCCCUCUGGGGUAAGUCAGCACCGUGGACUCGUAGCCAAGAGGGCGAAAGGCAUCCUCGGCUACAUCAGGCACAAAUACAUGACUGGUGUUUCAGGAAAUACUUGGGAAAAUAACUCUGCUCUGGCUUCAAAGGGCAGUCACAGCACCACUCAUGUGCCGACUGUCUCUUCUAACCAGCCACAGGUAGCAUCUUAGAUAGAAGACAAAAAAAAAACCCCAAGAGACUAUGUUCAGCUUCUUCCGAAAAAGUCAAGAAUCAAAGAAGGUUACAGUGCCAGAGAGAGAAGCAGAUGGAUUUGUUAUUGUGGGUGACACGGUUGAUGACCAAAGUAGAGAGUCAAAGGAUAAAACUUCAUUUCCGGAGACCAGACCAACACAUAACCAACCUCCACAGAGAUCGCAGUUGACUGUACCAAGUGCAGAGGCGGGAAAUCAAAGGAGUCAAAAUUUGGAAAGCAGCCCUUUCAUGUCAGACCUGCUGAGCGACGUACCCUUUGCCCUGGCACCACAUGUGUUAGCAGUGCAGGGCACCCACAGUGACGUUCCUGACCGAUUGCUCACCUACGACAUCAAUGAUAAUUUAUCAAGAUUUUGGUAUGACUUUACCCUUGAAAAUUCAGUGCUUUGUGAUCCAUAAUGUUUUCUUUAUUUUCUCUGCCUCUGUUGAGGAAUAAGUCUUAAAGGGAAGAUCAAGACUUAUUUUGUUUAGCUUAAUAUUUUGGGGGCCUACCACUGGUGUAUCAAAUGGGUUAUUAUUCACAACUGUGAUAUAUUUCUUAGCUUUAAAUGAACUGUAACUUUAUAUGUCAAAUAUUCUGUUUAUCUCCAAAGAAAUCAAGCAACCGUUUCAGCCUGAGUAGAGGACUCGCUGUUGGUAUCUACUUCCAGUAGGUAGGCUGCAGACACAAACAUUUCAUAACUUUAGGAGGAAGUCCAGCAUGUCUGCAAUGUUUUGUUAUUUUACUCAGUUAUCCAAACACAUAGAUCUUGUUACUCGUGUUAAGAUCUCCUCUGAUUUUGUACAGAUAGAAACCAAUAUUAACGCUAAAGCAAUGCUGCUCUGCAGAACUGGACAGACAACUUUUCUGUGAAACCAAGUUUUAAAACUCAGAGUUAAUUAUGAGUCCUUAAAUAAUCUUGAAGACUUAAUAAAAUUGGUUAAACUUAUCAAUUUCAAAAUGAAAGUCAGUUGCUUCCUUCCCUUUUCCAGUAGAUGGUAUUUUGUUGCCUGCCUGGAGAAGUCCUCCCCGCCUGCCUGUUGGCUGCUGUUUGUUCUCAUUACCACAUGUGUUCCUGAUUUAUAUACAGAUCAGCUUUUCCAUUUUAACCUCUUUGCCCUCUGAAGAAGGAAAUCUCAGGACACGUACUUUUAAUGGUCACACCCUUCUUUUUUUAAUUUGUGUGCCAGAGAUACAGAUGGCAAUGUUUAACAACAGGAAAACAUUACAUUGUUUCUUAUCCAACUAAAUUAAACUGCUAAGUACCUAAACAUGCGUUCUCACAGACCACUGUGUCCCUGCUCGCAAGCUUUGAGCAUGUUUUUCCCUACUAACACCAGAGCUGCUGUUCCACGAGCAACAGCUCUCUGAUGUAAUGUCACAGUUUGUGAAGAAUGAUCUGUGGCACACAAAAGACUACACUUGUUUUCUCUACUGGGGUACAAUAUUUCUAUUGUGCCAAAUGUUAGUGGAUAUUUUCUUGUAUUUUCUAUGCUCUGUGGUAGUUUAAAAUACAUAUAUUUUCAGACUUGCAUCCUCUUACAGUGUUUGAGAUAAGUACUGUAGAUGGUGAAGAAAUUACAUUGUGAAUAUAUCUUAGAUUGUUAAAUAUUUGUGGUUUAGAGUUUUUUUAAUGUAUGUAUUUAAUAUUUUUGACAGCUAUGUUCUUGAAUGUUUUGAAGAUAUUGUUUCAGGGAGAGUAUCUGUGCUGCACUCCAAUAAAAAGAUGCUAAGUAAUAGUGAGUUAUUUUUUAUGUGUGAGAGUUUUCAUGCGGUUUCACAUAUAUUGUUGACUACAGCUGUGACCAUUCAGCUUUCAUGGGAACUUGAACUUGAAAAUUCAAUUUGAAAAUCUUUUCAGUGUCAUUUAAAAAUUGGGGCUCUUCUAAUAUAUUGUGUCACGCUUUCA